UAAUUUCCGCUUCUUCUGACUGCAAAUUAAAACUCUGGCAUCCUCAUAAAUCAAACAGUCCUUAUACUAUUGGAUGUCACACUGAUUAUAUAAAAACUUUAGCUUAUGCUCCUGGUCCUGGUUGGGUCGCUAGUGGUGGUUUUGAUCGAAAAAUAAUUAUAUGGGAUAUAACUGAAUCGACAAUAGCAGAAUCUUCGUUAAAAUUGUCUGUGUAUGCAUUGGCUUGUAAUCCAAUAGGAACUGUUAUUGCUUCUGGGUCUCCCGAAAAAGUGGUUCGUUUGUGGGACCCACGUUCAACAAAACAAAUCACCAGUUUUACAGGUCAUACUGAUAACAUUAGAGCUAUAUUAGUUAGUGAUGAUGGUGAAUUAAUAUUAUCAGGGUCAUCUGAUACUACCAUUAAAUUAUGGUCUUUGAAAGCUCAAAGGUGUAUAAAUACUUUUACGGUUCAUUCAGAUUCUGUAUGGUCUCUUUAUUCAGAUCAUCCUAGAUUGGAAUCAUUUUAUGCUGGUUGUAAAGAUGGAUUGGUUACAAAAAUUGAUUAUAGUGGUUGCGCAGAAAUUCGAGAUGGUGAAUGCAUAGCGGUGUGUAAAGAAGAGGCUGGUGUUGUCAAGCUUAUUGCUCUAGAUAAUAAAUAUAUUUGGACAGCAACUUCCGAUUCUAGUAUAAAACGAUGG